UGUGGUAGUUGGCCCAAAUGCGCAUGCGCUUUUUCCAAAAUGGCGGCAAGUUGAAGAUAGCUGUGUAUAAACAUUUCAGUGACCCGUUACUAAGUCAAGAGUGUGGAAUAGAAGAAAAAAACAAGAACCUGCUGAUACUUCAAGCAUGUAGGAUACGCCACUAUGGUGAAACAAGGAAUCCAGAUCUACGCCCGAGUGAAACCUACUAAGGCUAAAACCGGGACUUAUGAGAUCGUUGAAGACGACAGUGGAUCAUCAGUUAUUGAAUAUACCAUACCGAAAGAGCUGUCUGAUGGUUACAUCAACAACAAAAGAGAAGUUUACAAGUUCAGGUUCAACAAAGUAUUUGAUCAAAAGUGCAGCCAAGAUGAGGUCUUUGAGAGUGUUGCUCAAGGGGUAGCAGACAACGUUCUCUCUGGCUACAAUGGAACAAUCUUUGCAUAUGGCCAGACUGGUUCUGGCAAGACCUUCACUAUUACAGGGGGAGCGGAGAAAUAUCAAGACAGAGGACUAAUCCCCAGGACUCUUUCAUACAUUUUUGAUUACUUUGAGAAGCAUCCUGACAAUGUGUACACAGUCCAUAUCUCCUAUCUGGAAAUCUACAACGAGAAAGGAUAUGAUCUCCUGGAUCCUAAACAUGAAGCAUCCAAACUGGAAGACCUACCGAAAGUGAGCCUUCUUGAGGAUGCUGACAAUAAUAUUCACCUGAAGAAUCUGUCAUUACACCAGGCUAAUAAUGAGGAGGAAGCACUGAACUGCCUCUUCUUGGGGGAUACAAACAGAAUGAUAGCCGAGACUCCAAUGAACCAGGCAUCCACACGAUCUCACUGCAUCUUUACCAUCCACGUGUCAACACGAGAAUCAGGCAAAGCUACCAUACGCAGAGCUAAACUCCAUCUGGUGGAUCUCGCGGGGUCCGAGAGAAUAGCGAAAACUGGUGUUGCUGGCAUCCAGCUUGCUGAAGCGAAAUACAUUAACGUGUCUUUGCAUUUCCUCGAACAGGUCAUUGUGGCUCUGUCAGAAAAGUCCAGGAGUCACAUUCCAUAUAGAAAUUCAAUGAUGACAUCUGUUCUGAGAGACAGUCUUGGUGGUAAUUGUAUGACUACAAUGAUAGCUACCUGUUCUGUGGAGAAGAAAAACAUCGAUGAAUCUAUAUCGACUUGCCGUUUUGCCCAAAGAGUUGCAAUGAUCAAGAAUGACGUCUUGCUUAACGAGGAGAUAGACCCCAAACUGAUGAUAGCACAGUUAAAGCGAGAAAUCCAACAGCUCAAGGCGGAGCUGGCCAUGGCCACAGGUCAGGAGUACACUGGACAGUUGGACGACAACGAGUACGAUAGACUAAGGCGCUUGGUGAAUUCGUUCAUCGAGGAUCCUGACCCUGAUGCUGCUCUCAGUGUUGGUGCCGACAUGAGAAAGAUUGACUUCUGCUUCAAGCUUCUCAAGGAGCAUGUUCUUGAGCGACCCACAAAAUCCAGUACGCCAUCUCAACGGUCGCAGUCGCAGCCGAAUGAAGACAGCAGCUAUUUGGGCCAUCAGACCGAGACGAGCAAAUUGAAGGAACUGAUCAAGCAGCGAGACAAUGAGAUCAACAUACUUGUCGGCAUGCUAAAGAAGGAGAAAAAACGGGCCGAGGAGCUGCGCACGCUUCCCCGAGGGGGAGGUAGAGAGGAGAAUGCGGCAGAUUUGAGACGAAGUACCAGCCAACCAGUGGGGAAUGAGCCACCCGUGUCUACUCGCAGGGAGAGGGGACGGGAGUCAUUUGACUCUACAAAUGAGACCCGAGAGCCACAACCACGCGCGACUCCGCCAGAAGCUCGCCCUUCGUCAGCUUACAACAGGAAACUGCAGGAGAUGUCGGAAGGUCGAAAGGAAGCAUUUGAGAUUUUCAAGCGAGACUACAUACACAGUGACACCGUGGAGAAGAACAAGCGUGACUUAAAAAAUAGGUAUGCAGACGCCAAGUCAUUAGGCGAACAAGUGAAUUCCUCGCGUCUAAAGAUCAACAAGCUAAAGACGCGAAUUGAACAACAUCGAGUGCGGCGCUCCGUCCAGGGUCUGAUGAACGGGGAGGAAGACGACGCGCAUAUGGAUCCCGAGGAGGGGAGGCUAAGGCAGGCCAUCGAAGACGAAAAGGCCAGGUACAAACACAGCUUUACUGAGCUGCGCUCGCUAAAGACCGAGAUCGAACACUUGCAGCACUUUCUAGAAAAGUCCAAGGUUCAGAUGCAGAAGGACUUCGAGAUCUGGUGGGCUGAGCAAGCGUCAAUCAACAUGGCUCAGCCUCCAAAUGACGUCAGAGCCGCGUGGAAGACCCCGCCCCUCUCUCCUAUUAGACCUGCCCAAGACAACCCCAGACCGCCCUCGGCCUCGCGCAGACAAAGGGACAAUCGUGGAGCUGGGAAGAUGUCGAGUCGACUGCGAGCCGAGGCUCAGAUUGCCUCGUCUACGCUAACUAGUGCUUAUACCCCUGUGCUGGACGCGGGUGAGGCUGGACGUGUUAGUGCCGAGGACCCUCGCGCAAGGCGCGUAGAGCAUCGCGGGACAUCAAACGGUAUCGAUCAAUCGAGGUCUGCACACGAAGUGAAUCCUACCUCAUCCAUACCGCUGACCGGCGAUAGCCGUGCAGACGCGGAUAUUCGGGCGUUCAUACGCGCGAGACAAAAUCUCCUUCAGCAGCGAGGAAAAAGGUAACGACACCCUACAUUUCGACUUGGUACCAUUGCUUCAGUUGCAAACUAUGGCGUUACUUCACGCACAAGGCUUGACCCAGAUGGCUUCGUUCAAGUUCUCAACUUCAUUUUUCCCGUUGAAUUAAAAUAGCAGUGAGAAGCACUUAGAUCAUAUUGUGAAGUAGAAACGACGACAAGAAAAUUUUCACGGAGUGUGAAGGGCACUCCGCGGUGUGUUUUAUGGCCAAACCAAUAAAAGGGUAAUCUUAUCUUCUUUGAAUGUAUUUGUUUUUAGCGGGCUUAAGAUUGUAUGAUUGGCAAAUACAAGAACUCUUACAUGUUCUUCCAUUCCCUUAGUAAAACACUGAGUACAACUAUUAUGAUAAUUCGUUUUUUAUUUCUUCGUCUCGAAAUUAAGUUAAUAGUUGUAUUUUGAUAUUUGUAACUUUUUUCAAUUCUUUAAUUUAAUUUACAACGAAGUUUCCACCACUUACGAAAAUACAAAAUAUCUACAUAUUUGUUUAGUACAGGGGUAUUGUAACAUGAUGUAAAAUGAUGGCGAGUGUGGAAAUAUAAUAGUGGAUAUUGUCUCUUCUGAACCAAUCAGAAGUCAAACAGGAAAUGUAUUAAAACCUGAUUGAUUGUUUGGUAAUAUGUCCACGGAUGGUAAUAAAAGUCAACUUGAUAGAACUA